AUGGAUGUUGCCCCUCCUCUACAUGAGCCUCCAUGCAAAGCAAUUACCCUUCCUCCUUGUCUUCAGCUCCAAGUUCUCAUCCCUGUGGACAACCAAAAAAGGGAUGAGAACAGGGACAACCACAGGGAUGAGAACAGGGACAACCACAAGGAUGAGAACAGGGACAACCACAGGGAUGAGAACAGGAACAACCACAGGGAUGAGAACAGGAACAACCACAGGGAUGAGAACAGGAACAACCACAGGGAUGAGAACAGGGACAACCACAGGGAUGAGAACAGGGACAACCACAGGGAUGAGAACAGGGACAACCACAGGGAUGAGAACAGGGACAACCACAGGGAUGAGAACAGGGACAACCACAGGGAUGAGAACAGGGACAACCACAGGGAUGAGAACAGGGACAACCACAGGGAUGAGAACAGGGACAACCACAGGGAUGAGAACAGGGACAACCACAGGGAUGAGAACAGGGACAACCACAGGGAUGAGAACAGGGACAACCACAGGGAUGAGAACAGGGACAACCACAGGGAUGAGAACAGGGACAACCACAGGGAUGAGAACAGGGACAACCACAGGGAUGAGAACAGGGACAACCACAGGGAUGAGAACAGGGACAACCACAGGGAUGAGAACAGGGACAACCACAGGGAUGAGAACAGGGACAACCACAGGGAUGAGAACAGGGACAACCACAGGGAUGAGAACAGGGACAACCACAGGGAUGAGAACAGGGACAACCACAGGGAUGAGAACAGGGACAACCACAGGGAUGAGAACAGGGACAACCACAGGGAUGAGAACAGGGACAACCACAGGGAUGAGAACAGGGACAACCACAGGGAGGAGAGCAGGGACAACCACAGGGAUGAGAACAGGGACAACCACAGGGAUGAGAACAGGGACAACCACCGGGAUGAGAUCAGGGACAACCACAGGGAUGAGAACAGGGACAACCACAGGGAUGAGAACAGGGACAACCACAGGGAGGAGAGCAGGGACAACCACAGGGAGGAGAACUUAUACAGUUAA